AUGUUGGAUCAAGUGCGAGGGUCGAAAGAGCUCGAGAUUGUGCUCAAUCACACGACAACUGCCUGGGAAGAGGUGACAACAAGAGGCACUCCAACGACGGAGCAGCUGGCCCGAUUGAAGCUCGCAAUUAAAUUACGGCAGAAGAGGGUACGUCCACUCACACGAGAAAUAGCCGAAAAUAUCGUAUUUUGGAGCUUGUCCACCAAUCAGUGCUGUUUCAGUUUGUCGCUCACCCGAACUGUCAACAGGCUGCUGUCCGGUCUUUGGUAUGAAGGAUUGCCCGGGUUUCGAAAUAUGAAUAUUCUUUUCAAGUGCCUUCUGAUCGCAGCCGUUGGGCUGGCAUUUCCGAUUCUUUCAAUUUCAUAUUUACUCGCGCCCAAAUCGGCGAUCGCUCAGUUUACCCGUAAGCCUUUCGUGAAAUUCCUUUCGCAUUCCGCCAGCUACAUCGUCUUCCUCGCGCUUCUUAUCAUGGCUAGCCAACGAAUCGACCGCGUCGACAACAUGUUUCGUGAAGAAAAUGCGCCUUCGAGAAAAGAAGGCCGAGGACCGUCUCCCACACCUGUGGAAAUGGCCAUCACUAUUUGGGUUCUUGGUUUAAUAUGGGUAGAGAUCAAGCAGUUGUGGGACUGCGGCCUCCACGACUACUGUCACAACUUAUGGAACAUUCUCGACUUUAUCACGAACUCACUCUACCUCUCCACGCUGGCUCUGCGAACUGUUGCCUAUUAUCAGGUCAAUCAGGAGAUGAAGGACCCACGAACGCAGCACAUUGGGCGCUUUCUUCAGAGGUAUCGUCAAUUUUGA